CGCGUCGCCGCGCCUGUCACCUGCCACCUGUUGGGCCGCGCCGUCUCCACCUCACUACCACACCCCUCUCAAACCACCGCCAGGCCAACCAUACCGUUGUUGGCCCCUCCGAGCCGCCGACCCGUCAGUACCUCCUCAGCCAGCAAGCACGAUGGACACGCAGCCAAACGCAGAGACCAAGGGCGAGGCUGCAGCUGAAGCCAAGCCGGCGCAAGAAGCAGGGCAGCAGGACAGUAAGGCUGGGGAAGCAGAGGCACCGAAGGAGAUGAGAGCGGUGAUUCUGAAUGGCUUCGGUGGAUUGAAAUCGGUUAAAAUUGUGCGACGUCCUGAACCCGCCCUGGCUGAUGGGGAGGUGCUGAUCCGCGUCCAGCUGUGUGGCGUGAGCUUCCAGGAUGUGAUGGUGCGUCAAGGAGUGACGGAAGCACCUCCAAAGACCCCAUUCAUCCUGGGGUUUGAGUGUGCUGGUGUGGUGGCUGCUGUGGCAGAUGAUGUGGAGAAUGUAAAGGUUGGGGACAGAGUGGUGGCUCUGCCUGACCAUCGUGCCUGGGCUGAGCUGGUGCCAGUGCCUGCUAAGUAUGUUUAUCCAGUGCCUGAGGCAAUGCCCCUACAGGAGGCAGCUGCUGUGACCCUGAGCUACACUGUUGCUUACUUGCUGGUCCAUGACCUGGCCAACAUCACCUCAAAUCAUACAGUCUUGCUGCACUCAGCUGGAGGUGCUGUGGGCCAGGCAGUAUGUGCACUGCUUCAGGAUAUUGGAGGAGUCACUGUGGUGGGCAUUGCAUCCAAGAACAAACAUGAAGACCUCAAGUCCUCCGUCACUCAUAUAAUUGAUCGCUCCAGUGAUGUCCAUGCUGAAGUCCGAAAAGUGUGCCCAGAAGGGGUGGAUGUGGUGCUGGAUUCACAGGGUGGAGAGGAAUGCAACCGGGGCUACACACUUCUCAAGCCUCUUGGGCGCUAUAUCCUUUUUGGUUCAUCAAGCAUUGUGACAGGAGAGACAAAGAGCAUCUUAAGUGUUGUGAAAUCGUGGUGGCAGGUGGACAAAGUGUCUCCCUUGCGACUGUAUGAGGACAACAGGGGCAUCAUUGGCUUCAACCUGCGCCGCCUCCUUCACCAUCAGCCUGGUGGUCAUGAAAAGGUGAGGAAUGUGGUGGAGACUGUGUACAAGUUAUGGCAGAGUGGAGUUGUGAAGGCCCACAUUGACUCCACAUAUGCCCUUGAGGAUGUGACUGAUGCCAUGACAAAGAUGCAUGAUAGGAAGAAUGUUGGCAAGCUUCUGCUGGAUCUCUCAAUGGAGCCCAGACCCCGCCCCACCACCCCUGCCAAAACAAAAAAGGAAGAAAAGAAGGAAGACAAGGAAAAUGAAAAAGACAAAGAAAAAGACUCCAAGGAUUCAAAGGAAAAGGAUUCAAAGGAAGAUGCAAAAACUGAUAAGGAAGAAGAGGUGAAAGAUGCUAAAAAGUAAAUGAUUAUGAAAGUAAAGGUAAGUUGAUGAAAUUCCAACCUGGAGGCAAUUGGUAUUGACCAUGAACUAAAAUUAAGCUCCAUCAACAAUACUACAGAAAUAUUAUAACAAAAGAAAAUGUUACUCAGCAAUAUAAGCAUCUUUAUGCAGAUGUUAUGCAAAGAAAGGACCUUGGAAAGCUUGCAUGGAAAUACAACCAGUUUAUUGAGACUUUGCUUGGUAUUCAUUUAUUUCUUGAUGCAAUGUUUGGGGUUUUUGCUUAGGGUCUAAUGUGGAUUUGGGGAAGCAUGAUGGUGUAUAAUGUUUUUUAUUUACUGUCACCUACAGGACACAGUCCAGUGUGGUCAUACAUAUCCACACAUUACGCUUAUAGUCUUUACUGAACAUUAUAUACUGCUGAUACACAUGGGUUGUUCAAGUUUUUUAGUACUCCUGUAAAAUCUAGCACAUAAGUAAUGUACAGCAAACUCCUGAUUGCCUGCAACAUAGAGCUUAGGCCUUCCAAUCAUGUAAGGUUUCUAAAUGUCCAGAUAAUUAAAACUUCCAAAUAUUCAUAAUGAGUGCUCUAGCCUAUGAAAGCACAUUGCAUGCACUUUAGAAGGCUAUAGGACCAUAUACAUGCAAGUAGUUGUAUACUUAUGCCUUUAAACUGAUUCAGUAACAAAGGCUACUCUAUUGCAUAAGUGUAUAGUGCAUAACUUGAACCACAUAGGAUUAGACAGAAGGUUGCCACUAAGUGAUCUCUGCAACUUGUAAUGCUGUUUUCUACAAGCUGGAUUAGUGUGUUUUGCAGCAACUACUUAGUGAUGAAAAAUGCACUGUGCUACAAUUGAAUGUAUGGAGGUAACAUGCAUAUCUGCAAUUGGAAACUUAUUCAUUAUUUGUAAUUUUUUGUUAUAUUGCUUGAAUCUGAGGUUAGUGGGUGACUUUAUGAUUCAGAUACUCAUUGUAGACCAUGUGGGAGUUCACUGUAAACAAUAUUGCUCCAGUCUGAGUAUUGCAUUAUAGGCUUAUAACCAAAGAAAUCCUGGUUGUGGGAACAAGUUGUCUGGAUUGCAAAUUGAAUUGUAAGGAGACCUUAUCAGUGUUGAGUAUACCACAUUAUUGGU